AGCCGCGGCAUUGCGUUGACAGGCUCCAGCCAUGGCGGACGUGCCGCCUGAGGUCCUCGAGCUGAACGUAGGCGGCGUGCACUACGCGACUACACGUGAUACGCUGUUGCGCGAACCAGACUCGCUGCCCGCCGCCGCGCUCGAAGAUUCCGAACAUCCACGCGAUGCUCGCGGUCGCAUCUUUUUCGAUCGCGACGGUGUUCUCUUCCGAUACGUGCUAGAUUAUCUACGUGAUGGCGGGCUGGUGCUUCCUGAAUGCUUUCGCGAGCAUAAACGUCUCGCGCGGGAAGCCAGACAUUACAGACUUCCCGGACUCGAGAAUGCGGUGAGGGAAGCGGAUCCCCGUCCUCCUAAUCGUGAGCGUGGCUGCAUUACGGUGGGAUAUCGAGGCAGUUUUGCUUUCGGCAGAGACGGUCUCGCUGAUGUGAAAUUCCGUAAAUUAUCACGCAUAUUGGUGUGCGGAAAGGUGACGCUAUGUCGAGAUGUGUUUGGAGAAACGUUGAAUGAAUCACGAGAUCCUGACCAUGGCUUGGCUGACAGGUAUACUUCGAGGUUCUUUUUAAAGCAUUCCUUUAUAGAGCAAGCCUUUGACAUGCUCCAAGAACAAGGGUUUAAGUUGACGGCGAGCUGUGGUAGCGGAACGGCUGGAGGAGCAGCUGAAUUGAAACCUGGAGUUGAUUCAGAGGAAAAUCGCUGGAAUCACUACAACGAAUUUGUUUUCGUACGCGAAUAAUAUUAACCUGUUCGCUAUCAGCUGAUGAUGUUAUCAUAACAAUCUCAGGUAACGUGGGAGGCGUACGGUGAAUAAUUGGAGUAACCUGGUAUUUUAGUAUCUGUUCGAUUUGUAGUAUGUUAAACUCGAAAAUACAUUAGGUGAUAGAUAAUGUACUUACUGUAUUUCUCAUUUAGAUUUUAAUGAGACAUUAAAGAAACCUAUUUAAUUCAGCAAUUGAUAAAGAUUUAGAUGCAUUGUAGAUAAAAAUACAUUCAUAAUUAUUAUAAUCAAAUUAGAUGUGUAAUAUAGAUAAUAGAGUUAAAUGUAAAAAUAUAAAAACGUUUUGUAGACUACAUUAUAUAUUAAAAAUUGUAGAUUUAACUUUUGAACUUUUGAAUUGUGUACCAAGUACUUGAAAUUGUCAAAUUCUAUAUAAACAUUAAUUUAGAAAUAUAUAAAAAUCUAUUUGCCAAAAAUUUCAUUCAAUUUGUUUAUAGGAAUUGUUAUGGAUUAUAAUUUAAUAAUUAUUCUACGUACAUUUAAAAUUCUCUUACCUAAAAUUUUAUUUAAUAACGUGUAUCCGCUGUGUUGUGAUUAAUUGUUAUAUUUUAUAACUAUCUGUAGUUAAUAUAUGAAAACAUUAUUUUCUCUAUCAAUUUUAAGGUUUAUUCAUAAAUAAAAGAGCGCAACAAAUGUACCUUACUAAAAUAGUUGAACAAUAUAAGAAUUUUAAAUAGAAAACUAUUGGAAUAGAAUAUACGUUAGACUUUCUCUUUGAAGUGUAAUAAAAAAUAAGUACUAUAACUCUUGAUAUCUACAUAAAAUUUUGAUUUUAUUAUACAACAUUAAAUAAUUAUUAAAAAAAGCUUGUGUUCCAAAGAUUUUUAUAUUUUGUCGCUGUAUUUUCAGUUAUCCUACUACUUUAUUAGCAAAAAUAUUGGACUCGAACAUAAUCUCAUACGAAUAUUCAAACGUAUUUAUAGUUUUAAAUUUCAUUAAAAUAAAAAUAAUCGUUGUUAAUUAUAUUUAUGUAUCAAUUAUUUUUUAUAAAUAACCCUUUAUAUUGCUUACCAAGGUUUACAAUAAUAAAUAUCAUUGUGUAAUAUUGUCAUAUACAAUAAUAAGUUAGUUAUCAAUGUAUAUUUUAUGAAAAAAAUAUAAUUUGAUGUUUCCA